AUGGCUUUCGCCUCCUUCGCGGGCGCGAGCCGCCACUUGUCCGGUAGCAUUCGCUCCGCGCUGCGAGGUCGUGUGGCCUUCGAGAGAAGCGUCAGGGCAACCCCGAGCGCCUCGCUGCCUGCCUUUCCGCUCUCUGCAUCUUCGUCUCCUCUGCAGACUCGCGCCUGCGCCGCGGCUCUGCUUCAGGCGCCGAUGCUGCGCAACUCUUCGCUGUCUCCGCUGGCCUCGUCCUCCUUGGGCUCGCCCCUCGUCCUGAAAGCCCGCGAGGCCCGCGCCCUCUCCACGCGCGGAGCCUCGCCCGCCGGAGCCGCGACGGCGGACACUGUGUCCACGCCGCAGGGCGACGCCAGCCGCGGCGCCAACGGAGGCUCCGGCGGCGCCGCAGACGAGGAAGAAGGCACUGUAGAGCGAAGAAAAAGGGGAGUGGAAGACGAAGCAGAGCAGGAAGGCGGACCCGCACGCCAGCAAGGCGACGCUGAAGCUGCUGAGGCCUUCAAGGCCCUCGAGGAGAAGCACCGCCAGUGCGCGGAGGAAAUCGACGCGCUGAAGAAGAAAAACCGCGAACUGCAGGACAAGGCUCUCCGAGCUUACGCUGACAUGGAAAACGCCCGCAUGAGACACCAAAAGGAGAUGGCGUCGCUGAAGGAGUACGCGGUGACGGACUUUGCGAAGGCGAUGCUGGAGGUGGCUGACUCGAUGGCCUACGCGACCAAGUCUCUGCAGGAAGCUGUGCAGAGCGAGUCCUCCUUCCUGUCGGCGAACCCCGGCGCGGAGACGCAGGAGGCGGGCGACCUCGUCUCUCUCAAAGAGCGCCUGCAGCAGAUCUACGACGGCGUCAAGCUGACUGAAAACCUCCUCCACAAGACCCUCGACCGCUUUGGAGUCGAGCAGUACGAUCCUACUGGAGAGAAAUUCAACCCAGCUUUGCACGAGGCUCUGUUCGAGAUGGAACACCCAACAAUGAGCAAGGGCGAGGUUGCUCAGGUGGUUCAGAAUGGCUACAAAAUUAGAGACCGCAUUCUGCGAGCGGCCAAGGUCGGCGUGGCGAAGGGCGCGCCGUCCAAUUAG